GUUUGUUAAUACUAGAGGACCGAUAUUUAAGUUUUAGUUUAUAGGUAAUACGUAAUAAUAUUUUGAUGAAAUUCUAAAUUAUUGUGUAGUGUUUGUUUUCAAUUGUUGAUUUUCAAUGGCAUAACAAUGAUUGCUGAACAGAAACCAUUGCUAAAUAAUAAUGAUAAUACGAACAAAUUAUCAUUAUUUUUUGCCACAUUAUGUAUUAUUGAUGUUUUUGGGGUUUAUCCAAUAAUUACAUUACCUGGAGCUGUUAUAAAAUGUGGUUGGCUUGGUGUUCCACUAGUCUAUGGCAUGUUAGGAUUUCAGGUAUACACAGCAAGUUUAUUGGGUAAAGCAUGGAUAAUUGCUGAACAAAUUGCACCCGAACAAAUGGAACAACAAAAUCGAUAUCCAUAUGCGGCAUUAGCAUCACUAACGUUAGGCAAUUCAUGGAAGCGUAUCAUUGCAUUUUUAUUAGAUUUUACUGUAUUUGCUGCUGGUAUUCCAAACCUUAUUAUUGCUGCACAAAAUUUGGAAGAAUUGGGUGUGAAAACGUACUCCUUUAAUGUUUCAUAUUGUUAUUGGAUUUUAAUAUUUGGUAUAGCACAAAUCCCAAUUAUGUGGCUAGGCAGCCCCAAAGAUCUCCGGCUAAUAUCGGGAAUAUCAGUGUUAAUGGUGAUAUUUUCGUCAAUAUUUAUAAAUUUGUGUAUCAUAUAUGAUUAUAGAGAUCCAAAAAUUGAUAUUACCAAACUACCUACAAUUCGUUUUGAUGACGAUAUGUUAAUUAUACAUAAUUUAUUAAGAACUUAUGGAAUCAUUGCAUUUCAAUUUGACGUACAUCCACUAUUAUUAACAAUUCAAGUCGAUAUGGAGAAGAGAUCAAAAAUUAUUCAUGCUAUUAUUUAUGCAUUUAUAUUUAGUACUUGCUUGUUUACGACUACAGCUAUACUAGCAUAUUGGCACUAUGGAAAAUUUGUUGAUUAUAAUAUUUUACAAACUUUACCGUUGAAUAUUUGGUUAUACUUUGUGGUAAUUAUGGUAACAAUGCAACUGUGUUUCACAUCGGUUAUAUAUAAUACGGCUUUGUUUCAAGAUAUCGAAGACCAUUAUCACAUACCAAGAGAAUUUACGUACAAACGUUGUUUCGCACGUACAACAUUAAUGCUAUUAUCCAUUGUAUUAGCUGAAUCUGUACCACGUUUUGAUAUUGUUAUGGGUCUAAUUGGUGGAACAUUCACUGGACCAUUGAUGUUUAUACUACCAGCGUAUUUUUUCAUAAAUUUACGUGCAAUUCAGCAUCAAAAUCCUCAAUUUAAUAAUUCAUCAAAUCGUAGAAAUAAUCAUUACGAUUCAAUUAAAAUAUUUAAAUUUAAUUUUUAUAAAAAGAAUGAUUUAUUAAUAAUGGAUAAUAAUGGGAGUACACAUGGCAAUAAUUUUGUAGCACAACAAUUAGCAUCGAUAGAAUCGAAAUGUAAUUAUUUUGUUCAAUAUUUACUGCCCCGAUUUGUGAUUUUAUUUGGAAUUAUAUUAACUGUAACGACAACAAUUAAUACAGUUCAUGAAAUUUAUAAUUAUGUACAUUAUCAAUCACCAUGUAUAUCACAUAUAUUUGAUUAA